AGAGGCAGUGAUAAAAAACAGUCUUUCGGAGCUGCACUGCACAAAAACUUCACUGCUUUAUUUCUAUGCUUUUCUCACCGACACCCAAGAGAUCGUAAUUUCGUAAUAAUUUAGCGAUAAGCGACCGCCGACCGGUGACACCAGCCGCUUACGACUUACACGGCCUUGUUUUCACUUUUCACGUUCAUGUCUCGUAUGUGAACUGGGCGAUUGCAAGUUUCUACGGAUAGUUUUUUUUUAUUUUACUUCCGACCGUUCCGUAAUUCUACGAUUUAUGCCUAAACCGGAUCCCUGUAAGAAGUUGGCUUGCGCUAUUCAAAAAUGUCUAUCUGAGAAUGAUUUUCAAGAAUCUCGUUGUACCAAACAAAUAGACAAUCUACUAGAGUGUUGUAAAAAAUAUCAUACAUUUUCACUUGUGUGUUCUGGUAUGAAACCUAAAGCAGUAACCGAGGAAAACCAAAAUAUUAAGGAUUAAUAUGUCAGCAGAACAGCCAAAUCAACAACAUAAUUAUCAACGCUUUUCUGAUAGACAAAAAUUAAAAGACUUGCCAUUUUACAGACGAUACCCUAGAGCAUUUGCAAUUACUGGAAGUACAAUUGGUUUUUUGAUCUUGUUCAGUAAAGGCUUUUAUGAUAUUUUUAAACCAAAUACUGCAGAGGAUAUAAAAAGGAAAUUAGUUAUCGAAAAAAUAAAACAGUUAAAUCUUCAAAAAGAACUUGAAUCAAGGGGAGCUGUAAGAAAAGAGUGAUGGAUGCAGUUAAUAAAGCAAAAUCACGCUUCAAAAGAUAUCCUGAGCUUUUACUUACAUGUCGUGUUGAAGGCUUAGAAUAUGCUGCGUGUAUUAUAAAAAAUGAAAAAGAUUUAAAACCUAACUCUUGUAAAACCCAAUUCAUGAAGUUUCGGGAGUGUUUGACUUCAAAUGCACUGAAGCUUAGUACAAGGAUUUAGAUGUGAAUUUAAAUUAGUUGAAGUUAUUAGAUAAAAUAAUAUGUAUUUCAUUUGGCAUACAGUAUUAGCUUUCUUUAUUAGAAUAUUAAUGAUCCUUUUCUCACAAUGGUAUGACAAUGAUGACACAGGUGUUCAUUACACCGAUAUCGACUACAAAAUAUUCACAGAUGCAGCUCAACAUAUGUGGGAAGGUAACUCUCCAUAUAUGAGACCAACAUACAGAUACACUCCAUUAAUAGCCAUGUUCCUUAUACCAAAUAUUUUGCUACACAACUGUUGGGGGAAGCUAUUAUUUUCAGCAUUUGAUUUGGCUAUUGCCAUUAUUAUACGUAAAUUAGUUUCAAAAUCCCAUCCUGGACUUAGUAAUUUGUGUGCGUACUUAUGGUUGUACAAUCCUUUAAGUAUUGUUAUUUCAACUCGUGGAAAUGCUGAUUCUAUUUCAUGUUUUCUUGUUCUUAUAACAUUGCUUGCUCAUAUUAAAAGUCGUUAUAUAUUAUCUGCAAUUUGUCUUGCAAUAUCUGUGCAUGUAAGGAUUUAUCCCAUUAUUUAUUGUUUAGUAUAUUAUUUGUCCAUUGGUAGUGAUAAUAAUUAUUCAUCGCUAUCUAAAAUGGUUCUUUUUCGGCUUUUCCCUACUCGCAAGAAAAUAUUAUUCGUUGUCACAUUUAUUUUGUCUUUAAUUGUAGUAACAUGGCCUUGGUAUUACUUUUAUGGCCAACAGUUUUUGGAUGAAGCAUAUUUAUACCAUACUCGUCGAUUAGAUGUGCGUCAUAAUUUUUCCAUUUACUUUUAUUUUAAUUAUUUACUAUCUAGCUUCGAUAAAACAUCAAUAAUAUACAGUAUAGCAACAAAACUUCCUAUAUUAAUACUAUUAGUGUCCACGUCACUCAAAUUUUCCAGUAUCAAAGACUUGCCUUUCUGCUUGUUUUGUUUAUCUUUUAUUAUGGUUGCAUUUAACACUGUCAUGACUUCUCAAUAUUUUGUAUGGUUUGUGUCAUUUUUACCAUUGUGUUAUCCAUUUAUUAACCUAACAUGUACUGAAAUUAUAAAUCUGAUCAUGAUUUGGGUAGUACCUCAGAUUGGGUGGCUUUCAUUUGCCUAUUGCUUAGAGUUCUUAGGUUUCAAUACAUUUCAAUUACUUUGGGCUGAAUCACUUAUGUUUUUUUUAGCCAAUGUUAAAGUUUUAUCAAUAAUAGUUGAUUAUUAUAAAUUUAACAAAUUAAAAAAAAAAAUUGUAAAAUAAUUAUUUUUAUUGAAAAUAAAUUUGUUUUAUUACUAUUGGUUUAUCAGUAAUUUUCUUGGUAAUAGUUCAAGACCUAAAUAAUUUUAAACAAAUAUUAUUUGGUGCGUACGGACGUUUAAUUUAUUCCCAAUUAUUAUAGUGUACUGUAUUAAACUAUAUAUAUAUAUAUUAUAUUUCUGAUAUGAUUUCAUACUAGGACUACAAAUAUCUAAAAGGUAAAGGGGGGUUAGUCUAUAAAAAAUCAAAAUAAAUUAUUUUCUUUAUUAUCAUCUAUCUAUUACAGUUAAUAAAAUGUCUAUCUAUUAUAUUUCUAUUUUAUUAAAAUAAUAUUAUAGCACAGCAGUUAUUAGGGAUAUAAGCAAUGUUCAAUAACCAUUAACUAUGGUUAAUAAGUCAUAACAAAUCAUAAAUUGUUGCAAUUUAUAGUUAGGGGGACUAAUAGUUUUAAUUAUAACAAUUGUAUCUAUUUUAAUAUUAUUUAAUAAAAUAUGCAAGUUAUAAAAACA